CAGAGGCUGGCGGCGCUGUCAGUGUGCGGGCAGUCAGCGCUCAGUGUGAGGGAGAAGCGGCUGCUGCUGGGAGAUGUGAGAGCCGCUCCGGGUGCGCACAGGGAUGAGCUCCGGGACGAGCUCCGGGACAAUGCCGGGCGGGAUGUGCCUCGUCCUCCUCCUCUUCCUCCCCUAUGUUUUUGGCAUCGCUUCCGCACACAGCCCCAAAGAGAGUGCACAUCCUCAGAAUCCUGAAAGCGGAUCGCUGGCUCCUGUGCCCUUGGAACUGGGAGAAAUUGUAUUCGUGAUACAAAGCCAGAGUAAUUCCUUCCACAAAAAGCGAGCCAAAGACCUGGAAGAAAACAUCUCAAAGCAGGCUGCAGAAAUCGGCAAGACAUUACCCAAAGUGCUACUGCUUCACGAGGUUGCUGAAAAUGAUGGUGCUUGGACCGUUCUUCCUGUCAUACCAUAUUUUGCAGAUAAUUAUGGCAGAAAUUCUUCCUGGAUAUUUUUCUGUGAAGAAGACACAUCGGUGAGCCUCAGAAAGCUACUGGAAACAUUGCAGAGAUAUGACAAGUCUAAGAAAUAUUUUUUGGGGAAAGCACUAUAUGAUGAAGAGUCUACUAUCGUUCAUCAUUAUGCCUUUGCUGAAGACCCUACAUAUUUUAAGUAUCCAGACUUUGCUGCCGGCUGGGCUCUCAGUAUGCCACUUGUGAGAAGGCUUACUGAGAUUCUCAUUAAGGAUCCACCUAGUUCGGAUUUUACUAUAGACCUGAAACAUGAGAUUGCCCUGUUCAUAUGGCAGAAAGUUGAUGCCCUGGAGCUUACAUCGGUUCCAGAGUUUUGCACAGAAGAUCCAAAGUCUCCGAAAGCAGCAGAAUGCGCCACCACUUUCACCAACACCAUACCAGUCUGUGGCAAACCAGCGAAGAUUGAGGAGAUAUUUGUGGCUGUGAAAACAUGCAAAAAGUUUCACAAAGACAGAAUUCCAGUUGUGAAACAGACUUGGGAAAAGAAUGUUGUGCUCCUUGAAUAUUACAGUGAUUAUGCCGAUCCUACAAUCCCUACAAUAGAUCUAGGCGUUCCAAAUGUUGAAAGAGGACACUGUGGGAAAACAUUUGCUAUUUUGGAGCGGUUUAUGAAAUCGAAUCUUUUACGUGCACGGUGGCUUGUGGUGGUGGAUGACGAUACACUGAUCAGCCUCCCAAGAUUACAGAAACUGCUAAGCUGCUAUGAUUCUAAUGAGCCUGUCUUUUUGGGAGAACGUUAUGGCUAUGGAUUAGGAUCGAGAGGUUACAGUUAUAUCACCGGUGGAGGCGGAAUGGUGUUUAGCAGAGCGGCUGUGAAGGAGUUUAUUGGGAGUAAUUGUCGAUGUUACAGCAAUGAUGCACCCGAUGAUAUGGUGCUCGGGAUGUGCGCCAGUGGCCUUGGAAUUUCCGUCACUCAUAGCCCACUAUUCCAUCAGGCACGGCCAGCGGACUAUUCUAAAGAUUACCUUUCCCACCAAGUCCCUGUAUCAUUCCACAAGCACUGGAACAUUGACCCCAUAAAAGUCUACAACUCCUGGCUGGCACAAGAUAAAAGUAAAAAACCUCAAAAAAGAAAAUAUGCAAAGGAAGAUCUAUGAGAUCACAACAACCCUACACUGCACAAAAAAGUACAAAUGUUUUUUAGGUUCACAAGAUUUUUCCAGACAUCCAUUUUGUGGAAUAGAGCAGUAUUUAUGACAAUGAACCCCUUUCGUUCCCGUGGAACUAGUGAUGGCAGUCUGUGCUUCAUGCUUGAGUGGUGGAUCAUAAUAGCCAUCUAUAAAAUGUUUGUUUUGGGCAUGGAACGGUCACCCUGUAUAACUGCCAGGUACAACAUUUCAAGAUGGCUGAUGCUAAUAUUUGUGUAGAUUUAAUAAAGUGGUGUAUCUGGUAUUAGGUAUA